GCUGUUGAUUCAACUCGGAGCUGCGAUGCGGCAUUUGCGAGCCCCCGCAGCAGCGUCGCGCCACUCAGGGCCAGCGCCAGGGGCCCGAAAUCGUCACCGCUCGUGAGCUCCGUGGAGUUUCAUCUCCAAGCGCCGGACCCCCCCCCCACCCGCCCGCUGCUCAGCGCGACUUCGGACCUGACCCGCGUCUCCCCUCCGGCGUCAAUGGCGUGGCACCCCACGCACGUGAACGUACUGGUGCGCCAGGCGCGCAGCUUGGGCCGGGAGGCCAAUGCCUACGUGACCUUCAGCCUGGGCACGCAGCUCUACCGCACCUCAGUGCAGGGGCCGAGCUGUGACCCCAAGUGGCUGGAGGAGUGCACACUCGAUAUUGAGCGCUGGUCUGGUGGAGACGGCGACGGCAACGGCGAGGCGGCGGUUCACGAUGCUGCAGACGAGCGAGAGGGAGGCCGAGCGAAGAAGGCGAAGGCGAGGCACUCGCCACUGCUGGUGCUCGCCGUGAUGCACAGGGUCACGCUGGGGGCGGACAAGUGCCUGGGCAAAGUGGUGUUAGCCCUGGAGGAGAUCUACCGGGACAAGGCGAGGACGCGUGCCGCAUGGCACGCGCUGGUGGGGGGGCGCGGCGACACGGCGGGGGGGCGCGGCGAGCUCGAGGUGACCAUUAGCUUCCUGCGGAGCACCAGAACAGGUGAAGGGGCAUCGGGAGCAGGGGAGGACAUGAAGAAUGGCCUCAAGGAAAGCGUGGCGUCUCCUCGCCGCAUGUCGCUGGCUCGCUCCAUGUCGGACCUGGUGAGCCGGCGUCUCGCUGGAGCCCCCCUGGAUGAACCUGAAGAUGCAGACACGCACACCCACAGGAGGUCGUCCAGUGCAUCAAACCACUUCAUUCCAGCGGACCCCAAGUCCAAGCUGGCUCGCUCCAACUCGGCCGUCGAAGGCCACGGCACUGACGCUCCGAUGGCGGGCAACGGCGGCGGCGUGGAGUUCGAAACGAGGCCGCCGGGCCAUGCAUCGCUUGGAAAACCAAGCGUGAGGCCUCAACUCGGGCCAAGGCCGCCUGAGACGCAGGGCCGCUCGCUCUUCAGGAACCGCGCGCGGCCGCGGGAGGGCCCCACGGGAGCGCGGCAGCAGAGGGAGCUCGCCACAGCCUCCAUGCAUCCGAGCUUGGACAAUGAGAAACUCCGGAAUCUCAGCCGGGCCGAUCUCGUUGCGCUGAUUAUCCAUCACAAAGAAGAUCUGGUGGCCAAGGACGACCUCAUCCGCUCCUUGGAAGACUACAUCGACACCCUGCUUCUCAGGGUCAUGGAGCACACGCCCUGCCUGCUUCGCGUCCCCUACACGCCCUGCUCACCCCGCCGUUAGCCACCUCACCAGCUCACCACCUCACUUCCUCACCACCUCACUACCUCAGCCCUCACCACCUCUCCCCUCACCACCUCACCCCUCACCUCCUUGCCACCUCAACAGCUCACCACCUCACUUCCUCACCACCUCACUACCUCAGCCCUCACCACCUCUCCCCUCACCACCUCACCCCUCACCAGCUCACCACCUCACUUUCUCAACACCUCACUACCUCAGCCCUCACCACUUCUCCCGUCACCACGUCACCCCUGAGCUCCUCGCCACCUCAUCACAUAACCACCUCACUUCCUCACCACAUAACCAACGCACCUCCUUGCCACCUCACCACUAACCACCUCACCGCUUCUCCACUCAACUCCUUGCCACCUCACUUCGUCAUCUCACCAGCAGGCUCCAUGCUCACCUCCCCGCGUCAGCCCACCGCACCACACACCUCACCAACAAGCUCGGUGUUCAUCUCUCCUCCUCACCACGUCGUGCUGUGAUGCGGAAGUGGGCAGACAUGCGUCGUUCUUCCCUCUGCGGGGGCGAGGGCUCCCUCUUGAACUGCGCCACGCAUGGCUCCCUCGGCUCGAGGACAUGGGAGUUACGCCGCGGGCCACCUUGCCUCCCCUCACACGCAAGUAGGCCGGUCGCGCUGCGCACGCGAUGACAUUUCACAAAAGUUGAGCCUCCCAUUUUCACUUCUGCGUGGGCUCAGCAUCGCAUCGCCCCCUUGUGAGUUCGUCGGCACGUGCGGUUGGAGGGACCUUGUCAAAGCUGGGUGGCUGAAGGACGCUAACCCGCAGGUGUCGGCUCCGGCUCCUUCCGGGUGGGGUGGGAGGAGAGGCAGUCGAGCUGCUGUGUGGGGGGGCCACCGUAAAAGUGAGCACUCCUGAGCAGAGUGAACUUGGCUGGGCCAGAAGGGGCAUCUGGUGGUGCAAGAUCCACCCCGAGCGCCACGCCUCGUGUCGCGACUUUUUCCAUCGCUGUGUCAGCGGAGGGCCACGAGGAAUGUGAGGCUCGAAUAAUGUUUUUAAAUACCACAAUUUUUUAAAAUUCUAUUCCAAUUAUGUAUUCAUGUCACGUCACGAGAUACGUGUUCAUUUGGAAAUCAAGCAGAGCAGUGCACCACCCCGUAUCAAAGAAUGUCCCACAGAAGCAGAAAUCACAGGACUACUUCCGAGCUUUGUAUACCCUGCGACAGAGAACUGUUAGGUAGAUUAAAUAUAUUUUUUUAUUCUUAGAACUGGAAUGUUGGCCAAAUCAACUUAAAAACAAAAUUUUACGCAACACGUUUUUUUUUGUUCCAUUGUUGGCGACCGGGCUGAGACAAUCACCUGACUCCGCUUAAGAACCCGGUUUAAACCCGAUGGUCACCGACCCACCCCCUGUCACCUCUGAGCCAAGACGUUGAGACGGCUCCUCAGGCCACACGGCUGGCUCCGUUGUAGUUUCACGGCAGGGUGAGACGCCAGUCGCACCGUUUAAGGAGACAACAUCUGGGUGAUGACGUGGCCCAGCAGUAGCACGCUCACCGCUCAUUGCAGAGGUUCGCGCUUCUAAUCCAGGAGGCCACCCUGGUUAUUACUGCGGUGUGGCUUAACACAAAAAUACUAUGGGACGUCUGCUUCACAGUGAACGUUAAAGACGUCAUUCGGAAAGAGAAACGCGUUCGCCAUCAUGUGCCACGUGAAAAGGUACACCACUGAACAUUCAAUUGCGUUGUUGCUCUGGAGGCCUGGAGAUCGAUGAUCGAUGUUCGGCCGCCGUUUUAAUGGCGUAUGGUUGUGAUUUCUCACUUAAUAGAGGGGGCUGCAUGAAGGCUGCCAUCUUCCACUGCAAUACUCAAUUGGGAUUACACGAAACACCAUCGCCCCUUACUGUGAAACUCCUGCGGGGUGUGUCUAGGAAACGCAGCGCGUUCCUGGUCAUAAAUGUCUAAAUUAUACGUUUGAAUGGUAAAUACUUAAUCGUUAUUAACAUUAAGUAAGAGUUAUGAAGAGGUAUGUGGACAAUACCUUAGUUAUCCUGUUAAUUACUGUACAGUAAACAAGUUUAGUACUGUAUGGUCACAUUUUGUACGGAUGUGUGUGUGUACGCACAUAGUAUGUCAUGUAUGUGUAUGUGCGUAUGAGUGUGCAUUUUUAUAUUCUUUGGGUAUUUCGGUAAAGUCACCGAAAGACCCAAAGAAUAUGAAUUCCUGCAGUCACGAAAACUUUAUGUGAAUUUUAAUUUACUGAAGCAACUUGUAAAAGCAACGUUCGAUACAUUUACUGAGUCAAUGAGUAACUAAUCAGUACUGCAAACUGAAAGGAAACUUUUCCAUAAUCAAGGUAACUUGUUAUGGUGAGUAACGUGGCGUUGUGUAACGUUACCGCCUUCAAGUAACUUCCCCAUCACUGCUUCUGGCACCGUUCUGCUGUCCUUCGCAAAUGUCACCUUCAUCCCCCAUCUUGAAACGAAACAUCUCGGAUCCCAUUCCAGAAGACCAUUUUUGCCAGUAUUAAAAUGAUGAAAAAAAGAAUGACCUUUAUCCUUCCUGGAAAGCAUACAGGUGUUAAGAUGACCAAACACUAAAUAGACACCUAUUGCAAGGCAUCAAAUCUGCAAUAACCAGAGGUGGGACAAAGUCAUUGUUAUGCAAGUCCAAGUCGAGUCUGAAGUCAUCAAAUUCAUGACUCGAGUCUGACUCGAGUCCAAGUCACAUGACUCGAGUCCACGCCUCAGAGGUGGGACAAAGUCAUUGUUAUGCAAGUCCAAGUCGAGUCUGAAGUCAUCAAAUUCAUGACUCGAGUCUGACUCGAGUCCAAGUCACAUGACUCGAGUCCACACCUCUGGCAAUAACCACACAUGCUUAUGAUAAACAUGCAAACAAACAUUCUUUGAUAAUGCAUGCAUUGUAUUUAAAACUGAUUGGCCUACAUAAGAGACAGUCUCCUUCGUGGCGUUGUCUUACAAGUGUUAAACAAAAGAAUGGCAAAAGUUGAACAGACGAUAAAUAUGCAAAUAUCAAAAUAUUCAUAGCGCGGGUCGAGCAGUUUAAUAUAUGGGACCCUUUUUGUCGGUAUCAAGAUGACGAAAAAAUAAUAGGUUUUACCAUUUAUAGCAAGAAUAUAGGAGGUGUAAAGAUGUUCAAACCCCAAACAGACACCUAUUAUCACAAGGCAUCAAGGUAAUGGAGACCCUCUUCGGAUCCCAAUCACCUUGCAAACGUCCACUGUCUGUCACACGGUGGAUGUAUCCCUGAGUCAUGUUUUCAACUGCUCUCCAAGGUUCCUCCUCUGGCUGUUGCACGGAGAUGGUUAUACUGUGCAUAGUUCAUAACCUCUUGCUCUCCUCCAACCAUAGCACUCUCUUCUUGCUUUUGUCAUCUCUCACUGUGGCUUGCAGCACUUCACGUCGUUCAUUUCGUCUCUUUGUUCGUUGUCUCUGUACGAGACCUGUUGUACUCUCCUGUUCUUUUCCGCUCUGGUGUUCAGUAGAAGCUUAACAUUCGCCUCUGCUUAUGUUCAUCUUCUAUUCAGGAAAAGGCUUCACUGAGUGUGGUGGGCCACAGGAUCGCCCCUUGCGCCACCCUGGAGAACUACACUGCCGUGUGGUCACUACCACGACUAGGGCUGUCCAUUGCUGACCUUUCCUAAACGUUGGGGGAAAACACGUUAACCUUUUAAACAAGGGUUGAUCUUUUGCCUCACUGUCAUGGUAAAUAAUGCCUCAUUUGCACAUUGCAAUACCGUUGUGAUACACAGGGUCGUGAUGAUGAAAGUGAUGAUCUGGAUGGUUGUCGUGGUUGGUGCAAUAGAGUCAAGCUCUGCGAAGUUUAUUCAUGCACUUCACUUGAGGCCAAUAACAAUAAUAAUUGGUUUUUAACCAAGAAAGCCUCACUGAGUCUCGAAGAUAUUUUUAGGAGGGGACUGCUUUGAGAUGCCUGGCCCAUACCAAUAAUAAGUGGCAUGUAGGAGGAACUGGAGUACCUGGAGAAGACCCACUCCUACGUGAUAAUGAACACUGAAAGCUCUGCAAAUAUGGAUUACAGAAUGCGUUGGUAUACUGCCAGCUUCUGGCCGCAUCACAACCCAAGCUUGCACCAGCUGAUAUCCCAGACAGUCUCAUUCGAGUUCAAACCAGGCUCACAUUGUGUUGCUCCGACAAACGCCUUGCGUAUCGCCGUUAAGCACAGAGCUGCAGCGUGCACAUCCACCGCCAUGGUUCUUCACCCACGUGUUUGUUGAAUGGUAAAUAUUUACAAAUGUGAUCAGAAAUAUAUUUUGCACAGUGAGUGUGUUUCAAAAAAAGAAUAACUACAAACGUAAGUGAUGCGAAUGAUUUUUCAUUUAUAAAAGUGCUGUAAAUGUGUUACAUUUUUUUUCGUCUGUAGGCAAUCGAAUUCUAAUUCUGAUAGGGCAAGUGAAUCAUUACUUGAAGGUCUGAAUCUUGUUUUGCUGUGUGCUACGGGAUUUCUUGUGGAGAGUUCACAAUCAGGAUUUUUGAGUUCCAUAUCGAUCUUCCACUCAAAGCGUUUGCAUUCAUACAAAGCGUCUGUAUAUCGCUGUAGGGAAACGCCACUCUUCCAUCUAUUAUCCGCUUUCCCUUUUAUAAAAUGGUCCGCGCGGUGGUGGUGGUGUCGAGGCGUUUCUCUGCAGUUCAAAUGAGAUGUGUGUACUUGAUUUACUAUGAUUUUACAACGCCUGUGCUGAUGUUUGGACGCUUUACUUAAGUGUGGGUUUUGUAUUAAUUAAAGCUGCAGGAGACCGCUGCCUUCA